UCGCCUCUCUCAGUGUUCAUGGAGAUUACUCUUCACUACUUCUAUUCAAUCAAUACUUGAAUGCUGCAUUAACUCAUCUAUUUUAUUGAUAAGCUUACAAAUCUUCAUCUAUUUCAAUAAUCUACUGGUAAAACAUUUGCAUUCAACAUUAUUAUAUACUCCAUUCUUUAACUUCACCCAUCUUCGUCACCCAUCCACUUUGUGGUGACUACGCUCUCAACUCUUACGCUCUCAACUCUCAAGACUUUCAACCCUCAGUCGCUGUCAUUCAGAUACUGUCUCUCCCCUUCUUUAAGCCAUUGUCAAUUUUGAGUUUUUGGUAUCGCAAAACCCUAAAUUCUAGGGUUUUUACUGUCGACCGAGUAAUUUAAACCAUGGCUGAUAAGCCGAAGAAAGGUCUAAUCACUGAAGAAGACGUCUGCACUAUCUUGCAGAGAUAUCCGGCGAGUACCGUGCUAGCGUUGCUCAAAGAGGUAAAUCAAUUGGAAGAUGUAAAUAUUGAUUGGCAUGCAUUGAUAGAGAAGACGGAGACUGGCAUUAAAAGUGCUAGAGAAUAUCAAAUGUUAUGGCGUUUUUUAGCUUAUCGGCAUCCUUUGAUUGAUUAUAUUUCUCCGGAUGAAUCACCGUUGGAUGAUGAAAGUGACUUGGAGUUUGAAGUGGAAUGUCCUAGUGUCAGCACUGUAGAUGCAAUGGAUGCUUCUAAUUGUGUAAAGGUUCUUACUUCUGGAGCCCACAAGUCUCGUACACAUAACAACUCUAUUUUUGAGGUUUCAAAGGCUUCUUCAGAAAAUCCGCAAAUUCAGAAACGCUCACAAGCUGCUGGGACCUUUGGUGGAGGACUGGAAGCAAAUGGAUUGACAAGCCACAAUCUUAAGAAAAGAAAACAUUUGUCGGAGGAGGAAGAUCUAGAACUAAUUGCUAAUGCUAAGAAAGGAGAAAACAAAGGGGAGAAAAGUAUUCAGCGAUUUCAGAAGCCAAAUAAUAUUAGGAAGAAGCCGGUGUCGCAUAACACAGCUAGUGUACAAACUCCUGACAUUGAUGCUGCCCGUCAUGCUCUUAAAAUGGCUCUCAAGGAUAGUCCAACUGGUGCUGGCACUGCUGGUUCCAAUAAUUCAGUCAAAAUAAGUGCAUCAAAAAGGAAUCUGUCGGCUGUUAAAGUUUCUGGGGUACCAUCUCAACAGCAACCUUCUCCGUUCUUUAGUGCUGGAGCAUCUGGGAAAGCUGCACCUAUUGGCUCAUUUUCAAAGUUUUCUUCUCAGAAAAAGGCACUGCAUUCCAGUGUCGGUGAGGAUCCCAUUCAAGCUGCUGCAGUUGCUGCAGGGGCUCGCAUUGGUAGUGACUCAGAUGCUGCGUCUCUUCGUAAAGCUGAACUGCUAGUCAAAACUUCUGGAGCAGGGAAUUCAAGUCCGUUGCCUCCCAAUGUACAUUUUAUUUGCACUGGUCUGGCUCAAACACCAACUUCUGGGAGUCAACAAACCAGGCAUAGCGCAGUAGGACCCUCUGUCUCCCAGCUCGCAAAGGUGAAAUCUACACCAGCCGUAGCAGGGGAGCGAAGCUCUUUUCAACAAGUGGAAAACAUAGCUUCAACAACUGUAAAUAUCCAAGGCUCAGAUCCUAAAUUGGUGACUAAAGUCGGAAAUAACGGUGAUCCCAUUACCCAAUGUUUUCCGAAAACAUCGCUUGAUAACAAGUGUCAGGCAACAUCUCCUGUUAAACAUACAUCUGAUCCAGGCAAUUCUCAAGACACAACCAACAAUGAUGAUGUCACUAAGAUAAGAAGGUAAAGGUCAUACAAGCAAGCUGUAGUGUUUAGUUUCGAAGGAUUAUGAGGAGUCACAUGUCUUUAGAGCAAGUAUUCUAUGAUUAAUGAAACACUAAUUAUGGUGUUUGAUGAGGAUGCUUGGAAAAAUGAAGGCUUCAAGUAAAUCGUAAGGUUGUAGUAAAAUGUCUUGCCAAUUUCCAAAUGAACUUGUUGGAUCAUAGUCCUAUAUGGAGGUUUAUAUGUAAAUUUCAUGUCAUUGUAAGUUAUUGAAGUUGUUCUUAUACCCAACUUAAAGUGAUUUAAUUAAGUUAAAGGGUCAGAGCUUAAUGUAUCAAUAAGUUGUGGGCUUUACAGUUUACAUGUGUUGAGACUUCUUUUCUGACUGUGUUUUAUGAUGAACUGAAUAAUAGUCAUAAGUUGAUAU